CACGGCCAGUACGUUGUGUGACAGUGAAGCUGGCCGCCUUACGCGCGGCGCGCGCGCUUCCAUUGACGACACUUUAUUAUUAGUCUAAUACAUUCCUCUAGUCAAAAUGUAGUUUAGUGUUCCGUCAAACAGUGUACUAGGGAUCGUUCAGUGUUCUAGAUGUCAUCUAGAUCAGUGUUCGUUAUAUGAUACGGUUCAAAGAACAAUGCUGUGGGAAAAAAUAACGUUCAGCUGGCAUCGGCUGUCGUUCCCAGCUACCUACCGAACUCCCUCCCCCCGCGGACCGGGUGCCGGGUUCAAUGCGCCUCUUCGCGUUUAUUCAUCGUUUGUGGGAAAAGUUGACCCCCGUUUUUAAAUUUCAUUGUUAACGAAUUCACACGAUUUCGUUCUUUUAACUACCGCAUCUUAGAUUAGCGGAUAUUUACACCUUGUGUUUUAUUAAUAUUUUAUGCAUCAUUAAUGUGCCGCCUCGUUGUAUAGACUGAAACAGUGGCUUUUAUCCGGAUAAUGAAAACUUAAUGGUAUGGGAGGUUUAAACUUUUUAUUGUCACUGAAACGUCAAGGUUAUACAUUCCAUAGAACUUUUGUGUUUAUUCUGAGCCAGGCUUUUCUUGUUUGUAGAGUAAUAAAAAAUUCGUAAUUCAUAAUAACAGACUUCAGCGUGGUGUUAUAAAUCAUAUGAUAACGUAUAUCGAACGAGAAUAUUGUAAAACGACUGUUGAUUUUAAUUUGAAACGUGUUGAAUCGAUCUCUGUGCAGUUGUUUAGUGUUGUAACAGUGAAUAUGACGUGCGUCCAGUGAACAGUGAUCUACCUGACAUCGGAUAAAGGAAUACAUAAAAGAUGGGCAACCAAGGUUCCUCGCCUCACGAACCGUUGGAUCGAGUCCAGGUGCAAAAUGGAGAUCUAAAAAUGAAGUCAUCAGUCCGUAGCUCGUUGAGGAGGGCGCGGGCGGGGGCUACUCUGUCGCCGCCGCGCGCCGGCAUGGAGCGGCUGAGGCGCUCCUUUAGGGAGUCCUUCCGCAGGAGGAAGGGCUCCCCGCCGGAGUCUGCGAGGCCCCACCAGUGGCAUGCCGACGAGGCCGCGGUCAGGGCCGGGACAUGCACCUUCCCAGUCAAGUAUCUAGGAUGUGUUGAGGUGUUCGAAUCCAGAGGAAUGCAGGUCUGCGAGGAAGCACUUAAAGUAUUGAGAAAUUCUCGUCGUCGGCCCGUCCGUGCUGUUCUUCAUGUGAGCGGUGACGGACUCAGGGUUGUGGAGGAGGAGACCAAAGGCCUGAUAGUCGAUCAGACCAUAGAGAAAGUUUCCUUCUGUGCUCCAGACAGGAACCACGAGAGGGGUUUUAGCUACAUAUGCCGUGACGGGACGACACGUCGCUGGAUGUGUCACGGAUUCCUCGCGUCCCGGGACAGUGGGGAGCGUCUCUCUCACGCCGUGGGGUGCGCAUUCGCAGCUUGCCUCGAAAGGAAACAGAGGAGAGACAAAGAGUGCGCCGUCUCCAUGAGUAUAGACGCCGCCAGCCACGCCUUCACCAGGCAGGGAAGCUUUAGGAAAUCAGGUAUAAUCAGUCGUCGUACAUCAGAGCCGGCAGAGGUGCCGCAGUCUCCAGGCAGCGUGACUACCCCGAGCUCCGGACGGGUCGCUCACAAUCCGUUCGCGGUGGAGCGGCCCCAUGCUGCACCACACCUGCUAGAGAGACAGGGCUCCUUCCGCGGUUUCGCUCAUCUCAAUAACAAUUCGCCAUUCAAGCGGCAGAUGUCGCUACGUAUAUGUGAGCUGCCGUCCAACUUGGAGAGGCAGCGUCUCGGUCUCGGUUCGCCCUCCAACGGCGUCCCCGCCUUACCUGCGGCGCCGGCUGUACCCGCGCUGCCCACCCUACCCACACCCAGCCCUAAACCAGAUGUAGCCGCUAUUGAGGAUAAGUCAUCGGAUCCGGUAGCGGAGAUGUGCCAGCAGUUGUCUUUGGGUCUUCGCGCGUUGGCCGAGGAGCCGGUCCCAGCGGCGGCGGGGGCCCUCCCACACCCCGACGCCUGGCUGGGUCGGGUCGCACGAGCUCCCGCCCUUGCCAGCGCUGGCAGAGCUGCUUCUUUCGCUGGACGAGCCGCAACUAACCCCUUCAUCACCGCCCCCGCGCCGCUAUAGACAACCUGUUAAGCUAUAUCCCAUAACGACCCCACGAGAUCCGUAGCGCCAUAUAAAACGAACGCGGGUUAUACGUGACACCCCACUACAUCUCAAACCUUCCUAUACCACUUACGGGACCCCAUAGCAUCUCCUAAUAACAGUCUAAACGACUCUUAACAAAGCACACGUGUUGCUAUGAUAAUAAAUUCAUGUCUACUUCAGCUUGAAUCGUCGGUUCUGAAAUGGACCCAGCGUGUAUUGUCUUACGGGUAAUUGUUGUUUGACUCGCUAUUCUCCGCUACUAAUAUAAUGAUUGUGUGACUGUGAAGGCGUCAGACGCCAUGUAACGACGUCAUCGAAGUCAGUAAUCGACCGCAUGUACUUACACAUUAUAAGACUUGAUGUUGUACUUAAUAGAAACGUCUUAAAAGAUCUUUUUUGGAUGUAACUUAGGCAACGUGAUAGGAAAGAAAAUUAUAAAAUAUUAAAAUAAUGAGUCCCACUCAUGUAAUUUACUGCCAAGAAUGACUGGCGAGGAAUUAAAAUAUAUAUAAAUAUAUUGAAAUGCGCAUAUAGGAUGAAUACUCACAAAUAUUUGGGCUUCAAAUGCGAGGAACAUAUCUCGCUGACGUCAUUGUGAUCUAUGCUUUUGAGGUCAUUCGUCAAAUUAUAUGCUCGCUGUAACGGCUUUGAUGUAUUAAAAGGCUCUGUUCCACUACAUUCAAGACGAUGUGUAAGAAAAAACGAUCGUUUGUUUGGAUCGGGCAGACAAAAUAUAUAUCUGUAGAUAGCGUUUGUUCCUAAAGAAUGAAAGAUUUAAAGUUACUAUAAAAAAAUAUUAAAGAAUGAAACAAAGUACUUAUGUCGAUAAUUUUGUUUAUACGUAAAUAUUUUCCAAAGAAAUUGUUAAUCGAAUGGAUGUUGACUGAUAAUGGAUGAACAAAUUUAAUUAUUUACUUAAACUGCGAAAUCAACUACAAAUCUGUAUGACUAAUGCUCAAAAUUAUAUUUUUAAUCUGUGUAUUUUUUUUUUAUCUGUGUAAUUUAAAGUAUUGUUAACCUCAAACUCCGUCGCCGUCGUAGUCUAUGUUAUACGUAUAUUCCCAGAGCUGCGCUUUUCGUAAUAUUUUAAGCUAAAUAAUAGCACCGUCGACUGUUGUGCGCACGCUGUGUCAUGAGACUUUUACACUAUAAAUAAAUAUAUAUAAUGGCUUCGUCACGGAACGAACAUCGCUCGCUGGUGGGAUUCCAAUAGCAGUGUUUCCAUUCAACGCUCUGAUUAUAUUUUGUCAGACGUCCAUCGAAGAGAUAUAAAUAAUUUUUGAAUGUUCUACAAUUUAUACUAACAUGUUCCAUAGCGUUACGUUUCGAGAGACAAAUACGUAUAUACAAAGUAUAAUUUUUCGAUUUAAAUCUUUGAUCCGCACCGUGCUUUUGUAACGCACCUAGUGUUAUCGGUAAGUUAAGUGUAUGCUUUAAUACUUGGGACUUCAAUACCCGCCCGCGUACGAUCAAAACGAUGCAGUAUUUAAACUCGAUAAGCCCUUUUUGGACACAUUUUAUUUUCCUUUGUAUAUAAUUGUAAAUUUUGUAGGAUACAUGAAUCUUCACCGUUUUGUGAUUUUGUUUAUGUUUAUAUAUUUUUAUCGAUGCCACGGCAACGUGGGUUAUGUUCUAUCGAUCAAAUUGUAUUUUAGCUUGAUGUACGUACGACGCACUUUCUUCUCGUGUGACCAUGUUAUUGAUCUAACAUAUAAGUUAGGCUUUUUGUUAUAUAUCUUAGGUAAUUAUUGAAAUUUGUAUUCACUUUUUUUAGUGCCGAUGAGAGAAGGUUUUAAUAUAGAUGUUAUUCGAAAAUUCUUAAUUGUUUAUGUGUUCGAUUUAAGAGAUAUUCUCUCAAAUCGCCAUCUUAAUUUCUAGAACAAUGCAUGAUGGUUAUGUACUUAUAUUAAUUAUAACUUCGUGAAGCACAAUGAUCACAGCACAACACUUGUUGCAUUAUACAUUCCAGUUUUCUUUAACGAACAGUCAUCGGCCGAACGAAAUAAUUUGUGCAUAUCAUAGCUGAUUAAAUAUGAGCAGCCUCUGUAGUGGCAGUUUAAUGUUAUCCUGUUGCUAAUUUAUGUGUAACCAUUUUUAUAUAUUUGUCGUACGAGAACAUAAAAUACUUGAGAUAUUAUUCAAGUUUUCUUAAUGUUGCCAGUAGACAAAAUAGAAAAUAACACUCAAUAAAAAGCUGCCAUUUGUUAUAACGUAUUUCAAAAUGCUUGAUUUUAUUGUAAAAGCUUCUCAGUGUUUUUAAAAUUUUUAGAUAUUUAAUACGAUGUUGUAAAAUGUAAUGGAAAUUUCUGCACUUUUAUUAAAAUCAAGCACUAUUUAUAAAACAUCUUGAUGGUAUCGUAAAGAACAGUUUAUAGUGAUACUAUUACAUCUCUUAAGACUAGUUUAGUCCAGUAAGACCUUACCUGUGGAAACAAUCUUUCAUUGUAUUCAUUAAAAAAUGAUUUUUUGAAAAUUUUAUCAGUCACGUUGUACUUAAUUUAUCAAAAAUCCAGUUGUUUUGAGAACAAAUUGUUGGAUGUUACUUUGUAUAUUAUUUUUUUUCAAUUUUAAUUUCGGCUAAAUUAUGAAAUCUGUACAUACCGGGGCAUACUUGUAGAUAUUUUAGGUAACAAGAGUUCAAAUAUUAUGAAGAGUAAUAAAUAUUAUGGUUAGUUGAAA